UCUCUUAUCAAUAAUUAUUCUCAUUUAUAAUAAGAACAAGAAGAAAGUAGGAAGAACACAAAACACCAUAAGAGAUGGAGGAAAUGAAACCAUGCACCGCAAACUCGUCGCCGUUGACGCCGUUAAGCUUCUUGGAGAGAGCCGCCACCGUCUACGGCGACUGUACAUCCAUCGUAUACGGCGCUAACAUCGUGUACACGUGGCGAGAGACAAACCUCCGCUGCUUACGCGUGGCGUCGUCUCUGUCAUCGCUCGGGAUCGGCAGGUCAGACGUCGUCUCCGUCCUCUCUCCCAACACUCCGGCGAUGUACGAGCUCCAGUUCGCCGUUCCGAUGACCGGAGCCAUCCUCAACAACCUCAACACGCGUCUCGACGCUCGCACCGUCUCUGUUCUUCUCCGCCACUGCGGAUCCAAGCUCCUCUUCGUCGACGUCUUCUCCAGCGAAAUCGCCGUCGAAGCGGCGGCGAUGAUGUCUGAUCCACCUGUUCUCAUCGUCAUCGCCGAUAUGGAAGAGAAAGGAGGUGAUGACGUGGCCGAUCGUGAUAAGAGUUUCCGUUACACUUACGAUGAGCUUGUAGAGAGAGGAGACCCGAGUUUUAAAUGGAUCCGACCCGAAAGCGAGUGGGACCCGGUUGUGCUCAAUUAUACAUCCGGUACGACCUCGGCUCCUAAAGGAGUGGUACACUGCCACAGAGGGAUAUUCGUUAUGUCGAUCGAUUCAUUAAUCGAUUGGACCGUACCGAAAAACCCGGUUUACUUGUGGACCCUACCGAUAUUCCACGCUAACGGCUGGAGCUACCCGUGGGGGAUCGCUGCCGUCGGAGGGACUAACGUGUGUCUACGUAAGUUCGACGCGCCGCUUAUCUACCGUUUGAUCCGUGAUCACGGCGUCACGCACAUGUGCGGAGCUCCGGUUGUGCUCAACAUGUUGUCUGCGAGUCAAGACUCUCAGCCACUUAAACAUCCGGUUAACAUCUUAACCGCCGGUGCUCCGCCUCCCGCCGCCGUUCUCCUCCGCGCCGAGUCGAUGGGUUUCAAAAUCAGUCACGGUUACGGGUUAACGGAAACCGCCGGUUUAAACGUCUCAUGCGCGUGGAAGCCGCAGUGGAACCGGUUACCGGCGAGCGAGAGGGCGAGGCUGAAGGCGAGGCAAGGGGUGAGAACCGUCGGGUUUACAGAGAUCGACGUGGUGGAUCAUGGAUCCGGUCGGAGCGUUGAGAGAAACGGAGAAACGGUCGGGGAGAUUGUGAUGAGAGGGAGUUCGAUCAUGCUCGGUUACUUGAAAGAUCCUGUCGGAACAGAGAAGGCUCUGAAGAACGGGUGGUUCUUCACAGGAGAUGUUGGGGUGAUUCAUUCAGACGGGUACUUAGAGAUUAAAGAUAGGUCGAAAGAUAUAAUCAUAACGGGAGGAGAGAACGUGAGCAGCGUGGAGGUUGAAGCGGUUCUGUACACGAACCCGGCUGUGAACGAAGUGGCGGUGGUUGCGAGACCGGACGACUUUUGGGGAGAGACGCCGUGUGCGUUUGUGAGUUUGAAACCUGGUUUGACUCGGAAACCGACGGAGGGAGAGUUGAUAGAGUAUUGUAGGAAGAAGAUGCCAAGGUAUAUGGUGCCUAAGACGGUGUCGUUUAGGGAUGAGUUGCCUAAGACUUCGACUGGUAAGGUUAUGAAGUUUGUGCUUAGGGAUAUUGCUAAGAAGAUGGGCUCGACGAGGUUGAGUCGUAUGUAAUAUGAAUUAUGCAUGUACUUUGUUAUAAGAAAAUGUUUACAAGUAAUAAAAACCUUCGUUUUUCUCAA